AUGUGUCACGGAACGAUCUUCCAUUUCACGUGCGGCUGCACGCAAGAAGUGCCGAAGUACCUAUGCGCACUGCCAACCGAAGAGUGCCGCAAGUCGCUACGGAACUCGCCCCGUCAGAACCUCGACGGUCCAUGCCCCGACCAUCGACGGUCCUUCGGCGUGUCCACACCCAGCCAGUACAUCCACCCAGCAUUUCGCAACGGACCAACACCAUCAGCACCUCAAUUCCAACCACAACCACAAUCACGGCCACAGCAAUCUACUGCCCAAUCCACCGUCCAGCCUCCCCGAGGCAGCAAUGUGGUGAUGGCGAACCGACCCAUGCGCACAACCAAGUCAUCAGCAUCUCCAUCCUCCUAUCCCGACCCAGACCGACGCCGAAAACGAUCCACCGGCGGUCAUGGUAGCAGCGCAUAUUCUCCAGCCAGGACCUCCGCCAAUAUGCGCAACCCAGCCCGCGAUCUGCGCGACAUGCCGGCCUUUAUCGACGCUUCCACCACUUCUCCCAACAACCUGCGAUUCCAAGCCCGCGGCAACGUACGCGACUUCCGCGAGAUCCCGCAUAUCCCACAACUGCCCGCAUCUCCUCCCCCAGCUCGGCGACGGAGAGGAUCCACCCCGCUGUCCCCGAUGGCCCAUGAUUCCGGGAUCUCCAAGCAACGUCGUCCAUCGCGCAAUGGACGCCUCGUUUCGCCGUCUCCAGUCUUGCCGCUCUAUAACGACUACAACGGCCGCGCCGCCAACACCACUUACUCGGAAGCGCAAAAGGCAGCCCACCUGCAACGACAACUCGAAGUCCGCCGCCGUCGUGAAUUGUACGAGGAAUGCGAGAAACUGCUGGCUUCGCGCCGCUACAACAAAGAAGAACUGCUCCGCCAUCACUUGAUCCAGCAACUCCCCGAACAGGAGCAGGAGUUGUUGUUCCACAGACACGAGGCGAAAUUGCGAGCAAAUGAUCCCCAGGCACUGAGACCGCGCAAGAGGAGGGAACAGAGAUAUGAUCGACAUUCUCUUGAGCAGCAGCAGCAGCGCAAGAAGAAAGAUCAUCAUAGAUGCAGUGUCAUGUAA